AUGAAUAGGGUUGGACCCGGUUCUAAUCAGGGAGCUGCGGCCACCCGUAGUAGCAUAUACAAAGAAAAAGGGGUGUUUUCGUGCGAGCUCUGCGGCGCCACCUACAGCCACUAUCGGAACCUAAUAUCCCACCGCAAAGCCCACACAGGCGAGACGUACUGUUUGCAGUGCAAUAAGAACUAUUCGAAUAAGCAGGGGUUCAUGAAACACCUGGUCAUGUGCCAUGGUUACAGCACCUCACAGCUGGCUGCGCUUCGCUCCCCCUUUUUUCCCAUGUCUGACAGACGGCGGGCGUUGUCAAGCUGGAAAGUAUGGAAAACUACGGAAGUAAUACUGUGGCGUAUUACGGAAGUAAUACUCAAGGCUUUUAAGUGUACCGUCCGUCUCGAGAAGGUCCCAGUUUACUCCUCGCAGCGAGGUUUAUCGUUGAAAAUUGAUGAUGGUCCUAAAUUGAACGUUUGUUUUCAAGAAACCUCCAGUUUAAUAGCCGGCAUCAGUCCGAAACGCAAUUUCGCGUGCAACUUUUGCAAUGCAAGCUACACCCAGUACCGGAAUCUGAAAGCCCACCAGAAAUGCCACACCGGAGAGACGCAUUGUUUUAAGUGCAACAAAACUUACAUGGAUAAAACGGGUCUGAGAAAGCAUAAUUUGCUACAGCACAGUGAUCACUGGACAAAGCUCUGAUGAAAGCUUUUGAUCCGGACUUUUCCUCCAGAACCAAUUUCACAGCGGUGGUUGUUUUCUUUUGAAAUUAGCUGGAUGAAUAUCGAGCAAGAUAUUUUUCGAUUUAAUUCUAUUAUAGUUCCUCUUUCUUCCUUUAAUUAUUUUAAAUGUUAACCCUUCACUACCCAGAAAAAUGUAACUUUUGAAAUUAUCGGGUGACAGUUUUUAUCAGUUUUGCGAAAAAAAGUUUAGACUUUGUAGUUAAUGAUGUAACUGAACGUAUUGGCGAUGAAAGUCAAAAAAUGCGUACCUCGAUUGCGACAACUGUAAAUCCCCGCCAUAUUUUUUUAAUCACUGGUUCAUUCAUUUCUGAAAAAGAAAUGAAUUAACGUCAAUGCUCAACAUUUUCACUAAUCAUUUUUGGCAGGGAAAAAUAUCAGUGGAAGUCCCUUGAAAUAAAAUUCGUCAAUUUUCCCCCUAAAAAAAUGAAAUUUAAGCAGAAACAUUCAAAAAUACCAUUGCUAAUCAAGGUACAUGUCUCGUAAUUUUCGCCUUCAAUACAUAUACAGGUAAAAUUUGAGCAACGUACCCGGCCUCUGGUUUUACCCAAGUGUUCCUAAAUGAAGUAAUAGACAUAGAGAUGAAAAAUCCCCAUGUGAUUAUACCGAUUAAAAAGAAUAGGCAGUGGGCAUUGACACAAUAUCAGUGGCGUGGCGUGAAUUGCGAUAUAUCGAUUGUUAUGCCAUUUAAACCUAUGAAAAAAGAGCGAUUAUCAGGGUGUUCGCAGCGAACACCCUAGUAAUCGAUUCUUUACUAUAAUUUCAAAUAGCGAGAUAUCGAUAAUCGAUUAUUCACGCCACGCCACUGAUAUGAAACGUGCCUCUUUUUUAAUGACGAUAUCGUCCACGAAAAUUCGUCUUUUUUAAUGUCCGUCUGCCUCAAUUUUUUCAUUUUCCUUUUGAUGCGUUUUGUUAUUAUCUUCAAUUUUGAAUGAAUACAGAAACUUUUUUACCAUA